GGCAUCAUGAAUCAUUUCAUUUGGGCGGAAGAAAUUAAAAUAAUUAAAACUCGUGCCCUAAUUUUGCACCACUCGAUUUCAUCCACACAUUUAUGAAGAAAAAAAAAAAAAACCCUGGUUAGAAAUCAAGGUUGUAAAUACAGGAGGGGGCCGUGUUCAAGAAUGCUGGUCUAUUUACUCCUUUGGGCUUGAAACAAUUUGCAAAGAAACACAAGAAUUUAGGGUUCAAAGAUUCGAUUUUUAGGGCAAAUAUUAUCUGAUUGGUGUACGAUAAAUUGGGGCUUUUUGUUAUUAUGAUGGUUUAUCUGGGUUCACUUCAAACGCUGGCCACUUGCAAAGAUGUAGCUGGAAUUGCGGGAAAUGUCUUUGCUUUCGGAUUAUUUCUAUCUCCCGUAGCGACGUUCCAGAGAAUUAUCAGAAACGAGUCUACGGAACAGUUUUCGGGCUUGCCAUAUAUAUACACUCUCUUGAAUUGCUUGAUCACCGCUUGGUACGGUUUGCCAGUGAUAUCUUCCAACAACUUACUCGUCACAACGGUCAAUUCGAUCGGUGCAAUAUUUCAGUUAGUGUACAUCACCAUCUUCAUUAAAUAUGCCGAAAAAACUAAAAAGUUGAGGAUGAUAGGAUUGCUCUUGUCGGUUUUCGUCCUAUUUGCAGCUAUUAUCGUCGGAAGCUUGCUCAUAGUUGACUUUGAAAUCCGGCAUUUGACCAUUGGGUUCCUAAGUUGUGCGACACUCAUAUCCAUGUUCGCUUCCCCAUUGUUCGUAAUCAAUUUGGUGAUCCAAACGAGAAGUGUUGAAUUCAUGCCAUUUCAUCUUUCCCUCUGCACAUUCUUGAUGAGCACGUCUUUCCUUUUAUACGGAAUCUUCAAUUUCGAUCCGUUUAUAUAUGCUCCCAAUGGAAUCGGAACAAUUUUAGGAGUAGUGCAAUUAUUGUUGUUCUCGUACUUCAAGAAACCGUCAAGAGAAGACUCAACCGAACCCUUAAUUGUAUCUUACUCGUCGACCGAUGCAUGAAAAAAAAGGUAAUAAAUUUAGUGUGUACAAUUUUGAGGUGACGAGGGCAUGAAGAUAUUGAAAAUCACGAGCACGUAGAUUCCCUCU